UUCUUCCUUCUUCUUCGAGUUGUUCUUUAUAUGUAUGUAUGAAUAUGACAGUGAAUGUAUUUAUAUAUUGGUGUGAGCGUUUAUAUAUUUAAGUUGAUUGACAUUUUGUGUAAGUGUGCUGGAUGAAGCCAUUGAGUUUGUUUAAUAAUAAGUCAAAUAGUGCAGGCUUAAUCUCUAUAUAAGAAUACCACUGCUGUUAACAGAUCACACGAGAAAAAAUUCUUAGAGAGGGAGAGAGAGAGAGUGUAUAGCUUUUAUGGAGCCUACUAUGAAAAAAUCAGAUCAUGAAGGUGAAGUCAAAGAAGAAAAUAAAGCAGAAACAAGUUCUGAAGAUAAAGGAUGUGAAGAAGAUGUUGCUCUUCAGGUGGGAAAUGGAAAAGGGGAUUGUGGCAAUGACAGCUUGAAGUCAUCUAUUGAUCAGAACAAUAUAUCAAAGCAUGGACCUAUUUUAACAAACAUAAAGAGAUCAUCAGCUGAACCCGACUCAAUGGCAUCUUCUUCUGCCAAAAAGGAUCAGGAUGAUCAUCAACUUGAUUUAGCGAAAGCUGAGAUGGGUGAAGUAAUUGAAGAAAAUCAAAGGCUAAGGAUGUAUUUAGAUCAAAUUCUGAAGGAUUAUCGGACCCUUCAGUUGCAAUACCAAGAUGUGGUUCAACAAGAAGCUGCUAAAAAAUCAACAAGUCCAAUUCGAGAUUCAGAAGAAGAAUCUGCAGAACUUAUAUCCCUCAGCCUAGGAAUGAGUUCAAGUGAUCAAUUUAUAAAAAAAGAUGGGUCCUGUAAGAUUUCAAGAAAGGAAAAAGUGGAUGAAAAAUCAGAGAAACAGGGAAGCCUGGAUCUAGGACUGGACUGCAAAUUUGAAGUGCCACCAGUCAAACCUUCUCCGAUUGGUAGCCCUGAGACCAGUGUAGAAGAAAUUAAGGAAGAAACUGCAGGAGAGAAUUUUCCACCCCAUAACACGCUGAAGAAUAUUGUUAGAAAUGGUGAUGAUGAACUCUCACAGCAGAACCCUGCUAAAAAAGCUAGGGUUUCGGUUAGAGUCAGAUGUGACACCCCAACGAUGAAUGAUGGAUGCCAAUGGAGAAAAUAUGGGCAGAAGAUUGCGAAAGGAAAUCCAUGCCCUCGAGCAUAUUAUCGUUGCACUGUUGCACCAUCCUGCCCUGUCAGAAAGCAGGUGCAAAGAUGUGCAGAUGACAUGUCCAUAUUGAUAACUACAUACGAAGGCACACAUAACCAUCCACUUUCUGUCUCGGCCACCGCCAUGGCCUCCACCACUUCGGCCGCUGCCUCCAUGCUAAUGUCUGGCUCAUCAAUCUCGGGAUCAUCAGGUGCAACCUCAUCAUCCACUCUCACUACAAACUCUGUGAAUCUCAAUGGACUCAAUUUCCAUUUCUCUGAUAACUCAAGCUCAAAGCCAUUUUACCUACCAAAUUCAUCGCUUUCAUCCUCCCCUUCCUAUCCGACUAUCACUCUCGAUCUCACUAAUUCAGCCUCCUCUGCUCGACUAGGUAACUUCCCUCCUAGAUAUUCUACCACAAAUCUCAACUUUAGUUCUUUGGAAUCAAAUGCUUUACCAAUUUCUUGGAGUAACGGGGUCCUUAAUUAUGGAAAUCCACCAUACAAUAAAAACCAAACUGGUUCUUUAUACUUUGGAUCUCAUCCUCAAGAAACCUUAUACCAAGCUUACUUGCAAAAGACUCUAAACCCUACACAACAGCCUCUUCCACCAGAUAGUAUUGCAGCUGCCACAAAAGCAAUUGCUUCAGACCCAAGUUUCCAAUCUGCAUUGGCAGCUGCUCUAACAUCAAUUAUUGGUUCUGGUGGUGCUACUGCUAGUACUGCAGGAAAUCAAACUUUAGGUGAUGAGUCCAGCAAAAAUAUUAAAUCCAGCACAGAACCUAAUUUUCCUAUUCUCUCCAGCUUUCCAUCACCCUCAAAUGCAAACAAAUGUGCUCCAAGUUUAUUGAACAAAUUGCCGUCCUCGUCUAGUUCUCAACCAGGCGGCUUGAUGUUUCUUUCUAAUCCAUUUCCCUUUCCCACCUCCAAGAGUAAUUCUGACUCUCCAGGUGACAAAUAGGGAUCAUGAGAUCAUAUCAGUCCAUUGGUUUUUUGCAUGCUAAACUACAUUGAAUUUUUAUCUCACUACAAAAAUAGAGCCAGGUGAAACUCUUAGCAUGGAGCAAUUUUCCCAUGGAUUUUUUCUUUUUCUAAAUUUAUCUGGCAAAGGGAUGAUGUAAGCUGAAGAUAAAUUGUGCACAUAGAUAAUGACUGGUGGUAAGGAAACUUGAAUAACUGCCAGUAAUUAUUAUUAUUAUUAUUAUUAUUAUUAUUAUUAUUAUUAUUAUUAUUAUUAUUAUUAUUAUUAUUAUUUUGAUGUAUGACCAACUUUUAUGACCAACUUUUGUAACAACUUUGGAUAUUCCUAUGUAAUUUGAUGCCAAUGAUAAUGA